AUGAAAACUCUUAUUCUUUAUCUCUGUGUGGCUCUUUAUUCUGUGGUACAGGCUGCAGACGAUGUUCUUGUUUUUACAGAUGCAGAUUUUGCAACUGCAGUAGCUAAACAUCCCGUUAUUUUAGUGGAAUUCUAUGCGCCAUGGUGUGGCCAUUGCAAGAGAUUAGCACCAGAGUAUGAAAAGGCAGCAACCAUACUUUUAGGAUCGGAUCCACCAGUAGCUCUGGCAAAGGUUGACUGCACUGUUGAAACCAAUACCUGCUCCAAAUAUGGUGUCUCUGGCUACCCUACCUUGAAGAUUUUCAAAAAUGGAGAAUUUUCCAAAGACUAUGAGGGGCCACGAGAAACUGAUGGCAUUGUCAAGGUCAUGAACAGGGAGGCUGGCCCAGUGUCCAAGAAGCUGGAAACUAAAGAACAAGCCCUCAAAUUCCUUGAGAAAGACACAGUUGGUGUCAUUGGUUUCUUUAAUGCUGAAGAUAGUGCCAAGGCCAAGUCCUUCUUGAAAGUUGCAGACGGGCUGCCCAGCAUCCGAUUUGGUCAUACUACCAGUGAUGAGGUGAAAGCAGAAUUCAAGGUUACUGAAGAGGGAGCGAAAAUGUUUAGACCCCCGGCACUCCAGAGUAAAUUUGAAGAUGCUGAGGUUUACACCACGGAGACAGGAGAUAAAUUAAAAUCCAUUUUGGAAUCUGAAUCACUUGGCCUGUGUGGAGAACGUACUACAGGUAAUGCUGAAAACUUUGGCAAACCUUUAUGUGUCGUCUACUACAAUGUGGACUACAAGAAAAACCCCAAGGGAACUAACUACUGGAGGAACAGAGUCAUGAAGGUGGCCAAAGAAUACAAAGGUAAAGAGGGAGCCCCCAGAUUUGCCAUUAGCAACAUCGAUGAGUUUGGCAGAGAACUGGAUGAGUGUGGUAUCGAGAACAGAAGUGGGGACAAACCAUUUGUGUGUUGCUAUGACAGCAGUAACAAGAAGUACAAGCUGACAGAAGUUUUCAGCAUUGAGAGCUUGGAGAAGCAUGUGGAAGACUUUGUAGCUGGCAAGCUGGAGCCACAUCUUAAAUCUGAGCCUGUACCAGAGCCAAAUGAUGACCCUGUCAAGGUUGUGGUGGCCAAGAACUUUGAUGAGAUUGUUAACAAUGAAGAUAAAGAUGUUCUCAUUGAGUUUUAUGCUCCUUGGUGUGGUCAUUGUAAGACUUUAGCUCCCAAAUACGAGGAGCUGGCUCAGAAGCUUGCAGGUGAAAGUGAUAUUGUCAUCGCCAAGAUGGAUGCCACAGCCAAUGAUGUACCUUCACAGUAUGAUGUUAGAGGGUUCCCAACAAUAUACUUUGCCCCCAAAGGCAGCAAGAGUUCACCAAGAAAGUAUGAGGGUGGCCGAGAAGUGGACGAUUUCAUUAAGUACCUGGCUAAAGAAUCCACAGAUGGUUUGAGUGGAUACGACAGAGAUGGCAAGAAGAAGAAGGAUAAGAAGAAGAAGACUGAGUUGUAA